AUGUCGUCCUACAUGAUUCUAAAGCGUUUAUUUUCAACUCGCUCUUACAAGCCUCCUACCAAGGAAAUUAUGCACCCUUUUAUCACAGAGCCUGAACAUCUUUCUCUGGAGCCUAUUUACAAGUCUGCCAAGACUCAGGGGCUACAGCAAUUUAUACCCAAGGACUACUACAUACAUGCGAAACUCGAAUCCACUCGGAGUGGAGAGUACUUGGGAGAGGACUUUCCCUUCAACUUCCUCGGGAAGGAUCGAGUCUGGCGCAGCAGGAAGUACAACGUUACCGUAAAUCCUGUUCCCAUUGACGUUUCCCGCGUCAAGUGCGUGGACUUUUACAAGAGGCUUCAGGUCUGGUCGACUCACUGGUACGAGAACGGCAUUCGCCGUAUGCGCUGGUUCCGGUGCGCCUACGGCUUCAACCGAGCCAAGAGGGCUGCUGAGGAGUUUCGAAAAACUCUGAUAAUGGCUGGCCGUGUCACCGACAUGAAGACUGAGAGUCACAAGCGCCUUGACACUGAGAGGCUCAGGUCAGUUCGUCUUCUCAAGGGGAAGAAGUUUCCAACUUCCUCCUAG